AUGCCUUUGCGUUACAAAGUUUUAAUCCCCGAUAAGCAUUUAGACCGUCCUAUAUACAAACUUAUCAAUUCUUCCGAGCUAGGCACUAAGGCCAAUCCUAUAAUGAUUGGAGAUAAUCCUACUCCUUUAGGCUCGGCCUCUAAUCCUAUUGAGAUAUUGAUCUAUAAAAGCUUUCUAGCCCUAGUAGAUAAGCGUAGUGGCAUUAACUCUAAUUAUCUUCGCUUAGUUAAUAAGGCACUUAAUAAUAGAGCGACUAAGGUGAUAGAAGAUCACCCUAUUACUCUCUAUAGUCAAACUAGCCAAGGGCAGAAAACACUAUACAGCACCACAAAACGUACUACGAGUAAACUACCUUCUAGCUCUUAUGGCAAACGAAAACUUUCAGAUACUAAUAGCGUCCCCCUUGAACUAAGACGAUCUAGACGAUUGAUUAAAAGGGCCAGAUAG